AUGGGAGAGCAAGAGGGAUGGGCGGAUCCUAGCGGGCCAUUACCAAAUGGACUGUUGCCAGGAGCAGGCCAGGUGAUGCGGGCGCUUGAAACCGCCAGAUGGUUGAAAGCGGAGGACAGGACGGCAGAGCUCAUUGCCUGUAUUCAACCCAAUCCGCUAUCUGAGGAGCGCAGGAAUGCUGUUGCAGAUUACGUGCGGCGGCUCAUCAUGAAAUGCUUUCCCUGUCAGGUUUGUACCUUUGGGUCUGUACCCUUGAAGACUUAUCUACCUGAUGGAGACAUUGAUUUGACUGCUUUCAGUCAUGAUCAAAAUUUGAAAGAUACAUGGGCCAGUCAAGUUCGUGAUAUGCUAGAGAAUGAGGAGAAGAACGAGAAUGCUGAAUUUCACUUAAAGGAAGUCCAGUAUAUUCAAGCUGAAGUGAAGAUAAUUAAAUGUCUAGUGGAAAAUAUUGUGGUAGACAUAUCCUUUAAUCAGGUUGGUGGUUUAUGUACGCUGUGCUUCCUUGAUGAGGUUGAUAAUCUGAUAAAACAAAAUCAUCUGUUCAAGCGCAGCAUUAUAUUGAUUAAGGCAUGGUGUUAUUAUGAAAGCCGUAUAUUGGGGGCUCAUCAUGGACUUAUUUCUACUUAUGCUCUAGAGACCUUAGUUCUUUACAUCUUUCACGUUUACAACAAUUCCUUUAAUGGACCACUUGAGGUUCUCUACCGUUUUCUAGAGUUCUUCAGCAACUUUGACUGGGACAAUUUUUGUGUUAGCUUAUGGGGACCUGUGCCCAUUUGUUCCCUACCUGAUGUAACUGCGGAACCUCCUCGGAAGGACAGUGGAGAAUUGCUCCUUAGCAAAUUGUUUCUUGAUGCUUGUAGCUCUGUGUAUGCUGUUUUCCCUGGUGGCCAUGAAAAUAAUGGACAGCCAUUUGUUUCCAAACAUUUUAAUGUUAUUGAUCCUUUACGCGUGAACAACAACCUUGGACGUAGUGUUAGUAAAGGUAAUUUUUUUAGAAUACGGAGCGCAUUUGCUUUUGGAGCUAAAAGACUGGCUAGAUUACUUGACUGCACCAAAGAAAAUGUAAUUUAUGAAGUUAAUCAGUUCUUCACAAAUACAUGGGAUAGGCACAGCAGCGGAGAUCGUCCUGAUGCACCUGGAAUUGAUUUGGGGCGCUUGAGAUUAUCAACUCCAGAGAGCAUUCAUGAAUUUGAUAAUUCAAACGAUAAUGCGAUUGGCAAAAAAGUAAAUGGCAGGUCCUCUGGUCAUAAGAUGGUGGCUGAGGGGGUUCAUGCACAUGUUUCCUCUCAACACGGCAAUUAUUCACCUGUAAGCGUGUCUAGAAAAAGUGAGUCAUCCGCAGUUUCUGAAACUCAAAGCUUAAAAAAUCACAUCAUGUUAAGUAGCUUGAGGGGUUCUGCACAAAGUAGAAGAGAUGCUAUUUCCAAUCAGGUUUCGAAUAAUGAGAAAGGUCAGAGAGAUCUGAAACCUGAUAGUUUGGUGAAUGACUUCCAGGGAAAGUUCAGUUUUGCCAGAACACGCUCAAGCCCGGAGCUUACUGACACAUAUAGUGAUGUUUCACUGCGUAAUAGAUCUACUGAAAGUGCAAAAGUACAUGCUACUUAUCUAAGGCCAGACAGUAGUAACAGGAGGGACAUUGGUUCUGAAGGUUUAGCGUGCAAUAGCAGUCAAUCUUCAGUUGACAAGACUCAAUUCGCUGGGCACAUCCCAUCCAGUCAAAGUCUAGACACUGCUGACUCUAAUAGCAGCUCACAUAGCUAUCGCAGAGAUUCUGGGUUGGAUGCGUCAAAUGAAGAGCUUUCCUCAACCUCUGGAACCUGGGGGAUGCUCCAGGAAGAACAAGAUUUUGUCAACGUGAUAGCAUCUGCUUCUUUUCAUGGCUUUAACGGUCAGGUUCACUUGCCAUUCAAUCUAUCAUCAGCUCAAAUGCCUUUCACGAUCUCGAUGUCGUCGUUAGCUUCAAUGGGAUAUGGUCAACAGAAUCUACCAGGAUUGCUUCCUACAAAUAUUCCUGUAUACGAUCCUUCUUUUCCAAAUUUGCAUUUUCCUCAUGGUCUGGUUUCACCCCAAUUCACUCAUUAUUUCCCAAGCAUCGAUCUUGGGUCAAGGUCUGAUGAUAAACUGGAGCGAAGUAAUGAAAACUUCGAGUCUGUGAGAAUGAACUCCAUGGAAUCAGAUAAUGAAUUCUUGCAGGAGCAGGAUGUUGGCUCCACUAGUGGGUACGACGCUGAUAAUGGAAGUUUUGAAAUGAUUCAGUCAUAUGAUAAACCACAUGCGACAUCGUCCAGUUUAAAAUAUAUCCCUCCAUUUCGAAUAAGUGGUAAGCAUACCAAAGAAAAACAUGGAUCAACGAGGGAGGAUAGUGGUAAUUUCUCAUUUCAGGAUAUCAGAGGUAAGGAGGCUUAUGAAGAAGAAAGACCUGCAAGUUCAAGGUUCUCUUCUGCUACCCGUAGUAGUUCUUUGAGAAGUAGAGCUUCUUCAGAGGGUUCCUGGGAUGGGCCAUCGGUUAAGAACCCAAAGUCGACAAAUGAAAGACGGGGAAAGAAAAUAGUUACUGCUGAUCCGGCUAUUGGUCAUGGAAAAGGCAAAAUUAUGUCCGAACAUGUUACAAAUAAGGCUGAAGAUAAUGAUCAGGAAUGGCUUGCACUAUCAAAUGUGGGGACUGAAAUGGCAGAACGAAAUCCGGUUUCUCAAUCUGUUGCAUCUUUGUAUGUUCAAAGGCAUCCUGUGCCUGGCUUUGAAGUUGCUCAGACAAGUGGAUCGGACUCGAUGAUCCCCAUUGCCCCAAUGCUGAUAGCUCCUGGUUCUAGACAGAGGAUGAUGGAUAAUAAUGGGCUUGUUGCAUUUUAUCCUACUGGGCCUCCAAUCCCAUUUGUAACAAUGCUUCCAGUAUACAAUCUUCCUCCUGAGACUAGAAUAUCUGAUCAAUCAACUGACCGUUUUGGAGCUGAUGAAAGCUUGGAUAACAGUGACUCUGUUCAGAACUAUAGUCCUUCUGAGGGCUUUGACCAGUCUGAGGAUUUAAAUUCUUCUAGUUCCUUGAGGGGGACAACCACUAUUGAGACAUCUGAUGAGCAGAAGUCUGAUAUUCUCCACAGCGACUUUGCCAGCCAUUGGCAAAAUUUGCAAUUUGGAAGGUUCUGCCAGAAUCCACGCUCCCAUGAUCCUUUAUUCUAUCCUUCACCUGUAAUGGUCCCACCAGUUUAUCUGCAGGGUCAUUUCCCAUAUGAUAAUCCUGGAAGACCACUUUCAGCUAACACUAACCUUUUCACUCAGCUUGCGAGUUAUGGUCAACGUCUAGUUCCGGUUGCUCCCCUUCAGUCUGUUUCCAGUAGAUCUUCAUAUGUUUAUCCAAGAUACAUCGAUGAUAUGCCAAGAUAUCGUAGCGGGACUGGGACUUACCUGCCGAAUCCUAAGGUUUCUGUAAGAGAGCGCCACUCUUCUGGCACUAGAAGGGGGAAUUACAACUAUGAUAGGAACAAUAGCUAUGGUGAUAGAGAGGCUAACUCGAAUGCUAAUUCAAAAUCACGAGCUGCUUCUCGAAGCCACAAUCGCAGCCAAACUGAUAAAUCGAACUCGAGAAUGGAUAGGGUGGCUUCCAGUGAGAAUCGAGCUGAGCGAACAUGGUCUGUCCCUUCUUACCAAUCCCAGAAUGGUCCAUUGCACUUGAAUUCUAGCCAAAAUGGUCCUAAUAUGGCACAUGGCAUUCAUUCUUUUCCGGCAAUGAACCCCAGUGGAGUGUCUUCUAAUGGACCUUCCAUCCCACCAGUCAUGAUGCUUUAUCCUUUUGACCACAAUGCUAAUUAUGCCAUAGAUUUCAUGGGGGCUCCAUACAACAUUCUUCACCAGAUCAACCAUCCUCUCCACAUCACCAGAGGAGAGUUUGAUAAAUUACCGAGAUCAAUGACCUGA